UUAUUUAUUUAUUUUUCUGUUUCCUUUUCUUCUCAUGCUUGAUUUACUGUUAUUCUUCUGGUUUUUCACCUUUCAAGUGGAGAGGCUUCUGUUAUUUUAGUGGAUUCGUGAUUGUUAUGAUUCGAUUUUCUCUGAUUCAUGGGUUUUUUCUUCUUUUUUUUAAUCCUGUUUUUUCCUUGUUCAAUUGGGUAAUUUGUUUAUUGGGUCUUUAGUUUUUUUGUAAUUUAUUUGUUUAUGUAUGAGUUUUUCCUUCAAGGUGUUGACGUGAAGUAUUUGACUUCGAAGCUAAUUAGUUUUGUUGUUCGAUCUAGAAUGCGAUUAGGGUUUCUGAUAGUGCUGGUGAUGAAUAUCUAGGAUUCUGAGAGCCUCUCUUUUUUUUUUUAUGGUUUUCCGAUGAGUUCUGAUGAUAGUAGCGAUCGAAGCAUGGCCAGAGUGAUAUGUCUGUUGAUGGUUUUGGGUGCUUUGAAGGGAUUCUGAGUUUUGUUGGAGAUUGGAAUUGCUUUUCUGGGUUGUCUGCGUAUGGUUUUUGAUCGACUUGGAGGAAUUUGGCGCAUGGAGUUGGAUUUUGUUCGUAAGGUCUUUUGAAGAAUCCUGCACUGAUCUUAGAAGAAGAACGAGAACGGGGGAUUAUCGGGGACUUGAUUUGGGUUGGGGUGAUCAAAGAUGGAGGAAGAGGUUACCUCCUGGGUAAGGAGGGCGAAAUUCUCUAACACAAUUUAUCACAGGUUGGAUUCUCUGAAAGUUCCCCCUCUUCAAUUCUCCAUUCAGCCUGAUCGUGUGUCUGGAUUGAAGUCAAGGCCUCCACCAGCUCCUGUUAAUUCUAAAUCAGGAUCUCUGGACAAGCAAUUUCAGAAAAUUCCUAAUAUCACCAAACAGAGGUCUAUAUCUCCCCUUCCUAAGACUGCUCUCUCGGAUGAGUUUAAGGAAGCUUGGUCUGAUCAGAAGAGAUUCUCCACUCCUGGUCCUCGAAAGAGAGAACUCGAGAAGGGGGUUUCUGGGCAAGUUUCUAACAAAUAUUCCCAGGAUACUCGGGUAUCCGAUUCUCUAAAAUCCUCGAUUCCAAUACCUCUGAAGCACUUUUCUUCCAAGAAGCAUUCUGAGAAAUUGAAAAGCAGAAAGGAAUCAUCAUGGACAAAGUACUUUGAUCAUGGAGGGGGAAGGGUCACAGCAGUGGACACAGCAGAUGAAUGGACAGUUGAUCUCUCCAAGUUGUUCAUUGGGUUUAGGUUUGCCAGUGGGGCGCACAGUAAACUUUACCAUGGAAUAUACAAGGAUCAACAUGUUGCAGUGAAAAUUAUCACACAACCCGAUGAUGACGAAAACGGAAUAAUGGCGGCUCGACUGGAAAAGGAGUUCAGUAGAGAAGUUACUCUCUUAUCUCAUCUUCACCAUCAAAAUGUAAUAAAGAUUUCUUAUCUUAAAAUGCAGUUGGUUGCUGCAUGUAGACAACCACCAGUCUUGUUUAUCAUUACGGAGUAUCUUUCAGGGGGUUCCUUGAGAACAUUCUUACACAAACUAGACCAUAAACCUCUUCCCUUAGAGAAGCUGAUUUCAACUGCUCUGGACAUCGCCCGCGGGAUGGAAUAUGUUCAUUCUCAAGGUGUCAUUCAUCGUGACCUUAAACCUGAGAAUAUUCUCUUUGAUCAGGACUUCCACAUUAAGAUUGCUGAUUUUGGAAUAGCAUGUGAGGAGGCUUAUUGUUAUUCUUUAGCUGAGGACCCAGGGACUUAUCGUUGGAUGGCACCUGAAGUGAUCAAACAAAAGCCUUAUGGACGGAAAGUUGAUGUAUACAGCUUUGGACUCAUCAUAUGGGAAAUGGUAGCUGGAACAAUCCCUUAUGAGGAUAUGAAUCCCAUCCAAGCAGCUUUUGCGGUUGUAAACAAGAACGUGAGACCCGUUAUUCCAUUUGACUGCCCACCUGCACUACGAGCUUUGAUUGAGCAAUGCUGGGCCUUGCACCCAGAGAAGAGGCCUGAAUUUUGGCAGAUUGUAAAGAUAUUAGAGAAGUUUGAGUCUUCACUCGCUCGCGAUGGCACGUUGAACCUGGUUCAAAACUCAACAUGCCAGGAUCAUAAGAUGCGGUUACUCCAUUGGAUUCAGAAGCUUAGUCCUGUGAAUCCCAAUGGAUCAUCCAUGUCUAAACCUAAAUUUUUGUAACUUCACUAUAUCCUGGCUUUUGUAGUUUCACCAGUUCAUUUAUAUAAUUAAAAUUUGACUUUCAAAGCC